UUUAAUUGCUACGCAUGUUAUAUUUUAUAGCUAGGUGAUAUCCUAGACUUGAAGAUAAAUUUGUUCUUCAAAUCAUCCAAUGCAACUUAAUAUUCUUUGAAUACUAGCUUUAAAUUGACCUUUAGUCUUCAAUUUCAUGGCCACCGGAUUUUUGUUUGUCUAACAUUCCCUUUAAUUUUUUCCCUUCCCAACCAGGCGAAUUAAGUCAUUUUCUAGCUAAUGGCGAUACCGGCAGAUGUAGAAGCAUACUUGAGCACCCUCAUUCGUGAUGCUCCAUCGCAAUUUAAACGUGAAUUUGAGGAAUUCGAGAGGACUGUGGAGCCGACUUGGCCGAAGUUGGUUGAGCCAUUCGAGAGGUUCCAAUAUAUGUUUCAGCGGCCCACAUAUAAAUUGGAGAUGGUACUCAGUAAUGCUGAUUUAGAGAUGGACGUCGUUAUUUCAGAUAGUCCCCAACUGAGCUCCAUCACCGAAGAAGUUUUGCAAGAAAUUGUUUCUUUUAAGCCAAGAUUGUACCAAAGUAAACCAAUUUAUAAUGCAUUUAAAGCCAUAAAAAAGUCUGCAGAAUGGCAUGCUCUUACUGAUGCUCGCAAGCGAAUCGUAGAUGCACAAAUAAAGGUUGCAAUGUUGAAUGGAGUUUCACUCGAAAACGAGGAAAAAGAGAGAAUGAACAACAUUAUGCGGCAAAAAAAAUUAAUCAUUUAUGGAAAAGGGGAAGUGAAGUGACGGGUAAAAGUGAAGAUACUGAAGUGAAGGCUAAAAGUGAAGAUGAUGGUAGGAAGGCACUAUGAAGAAUCAAAUAAGUGUAUCAUUUUACUAUG